GGUACCUCGGUUUACAAACAAUUGGUUCCAGAGGUCUGUACUUAACCUGAAGCGUACUUAACCUGAAGCAAACUUUCCCAUUGAAAGUAAUGGAAAGCGGAUUAAUCCGUUCCAGACAGGUCCGCGGAGUACUUAAACUGAAAAUACUCAAACCGAGGCGUACUUAAACCGAGGUAUGACUGUACUUUAUAGGGUGAGGAAAACGGUGCUGCGGCCAAUGCUGGGUCUAAGAGACCCGCUGACAUGAAUGAAGGCGACUAACUUAAGCCAUCCGUAUCAAUGGGUCUAUGAGCAGCACUGAGUUGCAGGCAGCCCAGGAAAGCAGGAAAGUGAUUUAUACCAGGUCAGGCCACCUGCGGGAGCUGCUGGCCCCUGGAGCCGGGCGAUCAAGCUCAACCUCCUCAUCCGGAUGAGGCGUCGUCGCUCGAAGGCGCUGGCUGAGAAGCCCCACCAAGCCUCCCCGAGCUUCAAGGUGGACUGCGCCGCGCUAACUGCAGCUUGAUCGCUGGCGACGCGCGGGAGGUGGUUCGAGGGCCGCAUGAACGAAGGAAAACGGCUCGGAGAAAUUUGUCACGUGAGACCGCCGAGAAGGGGGGGCGGAGCAGGAAGCACCUGAUAUCUCACGUGACUGGACCAAGAUGGCCGCCGCCUGGUAACCGGAGAGAGGGGGGGGAAGCGCCUCCUCCGCUACCGCAGCGCCAGUGCCUUCUUCCCGCCCACCUGCUCCUGCGCUCGGGGAGCCGCUCGUCCCUUUCUCCCCUCCCUCCUUCCUUCCAUCCUUGAGGCAGGUGCAAGGCGGGACGACCGGCGCGAUGAACCCGGAGAAGGACUUCUCUCCGCUGACGCCGAGCAUCGUGCGGGCCCUGAACGACAAACUCUACGAGAAGCGGAAGGUGGCGGCGCUGGAAAUCGAGAAGCUGGUGCGGGAAUUUGUGGCUCAGAACAGCACAGCUCAGAUCAAGCAUGUGAUUCAGAUUCUUUCUCAGGAGUUUGCACUUUCCCAGCACCCACAUAGUCGAAAAGGGGGGCUUAUUGGCCUGGCAGCCUGCUCCAUUGCUCUUGGGAAGGACUCUGGGCUGUACUUGAAGGAGCUCAUUGAGCCUGUGCUGACAUGCUUCAAUGAUGCUGACAGCCGCUUGCGGUACUACGCCUGUGAGGCCCUAUACAACAUCGUGAAGGUGGCCAGAGGCUCUGUCCUCCCCCACUUCAAAGUGCUGUUUGAUGGCUUGAGCAAGCUUGCUGCAGAUCCAGACCCAAAUGUCAAAAGUGGAUCUGAACUCCUGGACCGGCUUCUGAAGGACAUUGUGACCGAGAGCAACAACUUUGACCUGGUGAGCUUCAUUCCACUGCUGCGUGAGAGAAUCUACUCCAACAACCAGUAUGCUCGACAGUUUAUCAUUUCCUGGAUCUUGGUUCUGGAGUCGGUUCCAGAUAUCAACCUUCUGGAUUACCUGCCAGAGAUUCUAGAUGGCCUCUUCCAGAUCCUGGGUGAUAACAGCAAGGAGAUACGUAAAAUGUGUGAAGUGGCCCUUGGUGAAUUUCUGAAAGAGAUCAAGAAGAACCCUUCCAGUGUCAAGUUUGCUGAGAUGGCCAACAUCUUGGUGAUUCACUGCCAGGCUUCUGAUGACCUAAUCCAGUUGACUGCCAUGUGCUGGAUGCGUGAAUUCAUCCAACUGGCUGGCCGGGUGAUGCUGCCAUAUUCCUCGGGGAUCCUGACAGCUGUCCUGCCGUGCCUGUCCUAUGACGACCGGAAGAAGAGCAUCAAAGAGGUAGCCAAUGUGUGCAACCAGAGCCUCAUGAAGCUGGUUAUUCCGGAAGAUGAUGAGGUUGAUGAGACCAAGCAGCCCGCAACAGCCCCCCAGAUAAUGGAGGGUGAUCAGGAUGAAUCCCUCUCCAAGCAGGAGGUGACCUCGGGUGGCUGCCUGGAUGGCUCUGGCGAUUCCAAUUUCAGCGACACCAGUGUCUUUAUACCAGCCAGCACUGAGAGAAUCCAGGUGACCCUGAACCUUGAUGGAAUUGUCCAAGUAUUGGACUGUCACCUUCACGAUUCAACCAUUGGGAUGAUGACACGGAUAGCAGUCCUGAAGUGGUUGUACCACUUGUACAUCAAGACUCCUCGCAAGAUGUUCCGGCAUACAGACAGCCUGUUUCCCAUCUUGUUAAAGACCUUAUCCGAUGAGUCUGACGAGGUUAUCCUCAAGGACCUUGAAGUCUUGGCUGAGAUUGCAUCCUCUCCAGCAGGUCAGACAGAAGGACAAGGGGCAUCUGACGGCCCCAGUUUACAACCUGGGCAACUGGAACUGCACAUUCCUGCUCCAACUAAACCUUCCCAAGUUGGCUCCUCUGGUACCAAAGGCAUGGAGUGCUCUCCCUCGACACCCACCAUGAACUCCUACUUCUAUAAGUUCAUGAUCAACUUGCUCAAGAGAUUCAGCAGUGAGCGAAAGCUCCUGGAGUUCCGGGGAGCUUUCAUCAUCAGGCAACUCUGUCUGCUCCUGAACGCUGAGAACAUCUUUCACUCCAUGGCUGACAUCCUGCUGCGGGAGGAAGACCUCAAGUUUGCCUCAACGAUGGUCCACACCCUCAACACCAUCCUCCUGACUUCUUCUGAGCUCUUCCAGCUGAGGAACCAACUCAAGGAUCUGAAGACGGUGGAGAGCCGCAACCUGUUCUGCUGCCUGUACCGUUCCUGGUGCCACAACCCAGUGACCACCGUCUCCCUCUGCUUCCUCACUCAGAACUACAAGCAUGCCUAUGACCUCAUCCAGAAGUUUGGUGACCUGGAGGUCACAGUGGAUUUCCUGAUUGAGGUUGACAAGCUGGUCCAGUUGAUCGAGUGCCCGAUUUUUACAUAUCUCCGCUUGCAGCUGCUGGACGUGAAGAACAACCCUUACCUCAUCAAGGCUCUGUACGGGCUUCUGAUGCUCCUGCCCCAGAGCAAUGCCUUCCAGCUCCUCUCCCACCGCCUGCAGUGCGUGCCCAACCCAGAACUCCUGCAAACAGCGGAUGGCCCAAAGGCCAGCCUCACCUCCAAGAAGACAUCUGUCACCACCCCUGCCAUGGACUACGCAGAGUUGCUGCAACACUUUGAGAAGGUCCAGAGCAAGCAUCUCCAGGUUCGGCACCAGCGAGCCAACAGGGGUGAGAACCUGGAUCGGAGAACUGUCUUCUGAAGGCCAGAACCCAAGGGGCAUGGAGGAAGCAGCCAAGCAACCGGAAUAGCUUAACUCCAUGGCUUGGAGUUGGGAAGAGACCUUGGCUGAAUAUUGCUGCUAGCUACACAUUGAAGAGAUGCCACCUACCUGGCUGUGGGGACGAGCCAGCAUGUUCUGGGGGGCCUUUUCUGAUCCUCCCAGGCAACAUUUGCUCGUGGGGUGGAACAAGAAGCUGUUGUCAAGUUUGGGGUGUGCUUUUUCCCUCCGGCAGUGGUGCAAGAGCCCUUCCCUUCCCUUGUGAUGGUCAUCCGAUGGUCGUAGCCGUGCUUGUGCAGCUGCCAGAGGGGGAAGAAGAAAUGGGAGGAGUUCCCACUUCCAGCCUGAGAGGGGGGAGGGUGUGUGGGAAACCCUGGUGCAGCCCUUCCUCCCCACUGAUUUGGGGACGCAGUAGCCAAAUCCACAGCGCCUUGACCCUUCUCAGCAACCCUGUGGUUCUUGCACACUGGUCCCCAUGUGUGGGUUGGUCAACUGCUAUGAACUCGCAGCAGGAUCACCUCCCUUGCCUGCUUCCUCCCCCCCCAAAAAAAUCAUGUGUUUGGACUGCACACUCUUAGCUAACAGCUAACCUGUGUGUAUGUGUAUAUAUAGAUCUCUAUAGACCAACUGUAUUUCUAGCCUGGAUUUCUUUGUACUAUUGUAAAACGCUCCUUGCAAUAAAAGGUAUGGCAAAUAAAAUGAUUGAUGGAAGAAUGGACUUCACUUCCUUUGACCUCUCUCAUGGCAGGGAGGAUGUAGCCAAAGGGGUUGACCAGUUUGCACUGCUAUUUGGCCAAGGGGGCCUGCUGAAACCUGCCCAAGACUUGCCCAUCCUUUUCCUCCAGCUGUUUUGGACUACAAUUCAUAGAUUUGUAGAGCUGGAAAGGAUCCCCCAUCAGCCCCAGCCAACACAAUGUGAUUUUGGGACUGAUGGGAAUUCUAGUCCAAAACAGCUAGAGGAAAGCAGGUUGGAAGGUGCAUCUAUCCUGUGUGCCAGUCUGAAGGUAACACAGCAGGUGCUGGACCUUCAUUCUGCUGCUAUCCACUCUGCACAAAGUUUACCCCGAUUCUGCACGUUAUACUCAGAAAUAGGUCUGGUUGCUUUCAUUUCUGUGAACAGACAUUGCAUUUUCUUCUGUUACAGAGUGGAGAAGUCCUUUGCCCUAGUAAUCUGAACCCUGACAUUUUAUUUAACCUUUGGUGUCCUGUAUGAAUAAAAGUUUUUUUAAAAAAAGAAUAAUAAAGGCUUCUCCUGGAUCAAUGAGUGUCAUUUCCACAGGCAAAGUUCCCUUUUUAGCCACACUUCUCUUUGCAAGUUCUCAUUUGCAGAGACCUCUGCAGUUCCUUCUGUGUACCUGCAUUAAAUCUGGAACCUCACUUUGUAGCCUUCUGGUUGAAAAGGUUUACUAAUUGUGACAGGAAAAUCUGCCUGCCUUUUGAGAAGCUGAUUCUCUUACAUAUCUGGCUGUGCCUCCUUACUUAGGACAUCAAGCAGUGAUGCAACAGGCAGCCUCUUCUAGAGGAGAUAAGCAGCAGCAAUGCAAUGAUACCAGUACUUCCCCACCCCCAAUCUCUUACUACCUAGAAUGGAGGCAAAGGCUAAACAGUAACUCCGUGGAGACCCUCCAGGUGGACUUUGGGCUCAGGGUUGCCUUUGACCUUGACCUCGUUUCUAGCUUUAGGCCCAAGAGGUCCCUGCUUCUUGAGCAGGGCACCCCUACAAUUAAGAAGGCUGUAGCUCAGCGGGAGGGCUGCUGCUUGACCUGCAGUUCAAUCCCCGGUAGCCAGUCGAGCUAGGUCAGUCGAGCUAGGUCUGAGGUUUUGGAGAGCGGCUGCCAAGCAGUGGAGGCAAGCUUCGGGUCGCUCCCAUUUUGCAGAUGGGGGCUGGGGAAAGUCCAGCCCGUCCACGCAGCGUGGAGCUUCGAGGCAACAGCCAGAAAACGCAAAUGCUCUGCGCCCCGCCCCCCCC